UUCACGUCGAGAGUUAAAAUUUCCAAGAGCAAAACCUCGAUAUCCAACGAAAUGAGAUUUCUGAUGCUCGUGCUGAUAUUUAUGGCGGUUUUUACCACCGCCUUGCCCGCCUCGCAGAAGAACGUCACCUGCAGCCCUUGGAAGGGAAGGUGUCAUGUUACUGAAGAUUGCUGUCGCCAUCUUGUCUGUCUAACAUACCAAGCUAAGUGCGUUCCAUACCCAGGAGAGCUUCCUGGAGACGACACCAGGCCUAUCGGGGAUGGACCAUUUCCUCCAUUUCCAAACAUUACACAAACACUAUAA